AUGCACAAGCUCUUAUCGAAACUCGAUUCCAUCAAAGGUCGAGGUCCACAUGCAGGAGAUUCCGUGACGUCCAAUAGCACCACAGAUGAGACAUUACCAAUUAACCAAGCGGAUGUAUACAAGUACAGACGACACAGAGGUGUCAAUCUCGGAUCGUGGUUCGUGCUAGAACGCUGGAUCACCGAGAGCCCUUUUAAAUACGCAGCAUCUCCUGCCCAAAGCGAUCUUGACAUCGCCCGCGGGUCAGACGCUAAACAGGUGUUAGAAGCGCAUUGGGAUACGUGGAUCACAGACGAAGAUUGGACAUGGAUUUCAAAAAUGGGGCUAAAUGCUGUCAGGAUCCCGAUUGGGUAUUACCACUUGUGCGGAGCCGACAGACGGGUAUUGGAUGGUACAGAUUUUGCGAACUAUCACGAGGUAUACGAAGGAGCGUGGUCCAGAAUCAUUGGUGCUUGCACAAAAGCCGAAAGUCUAGGUAUAGGAGUCUUACUAGACCUACAUGCAGCUCCAGGUGGGCAAAACGCAUCGUCACACUCUGGAAUAUCGGACCCACAUCCCAAUUUUUUCGCACACACCCAUAACCAAAGAAACACCAUAUACAUUCUAAAAUCACUGCUUCAGUCUCUUUCAUCCCAUAACCUCUCCAACAUUAUCGGAAUCGAACUUUUAAACGAGCCAGAUCCCCCAUCCGAUACCGCACUAACGAAAUGGUACACCCGCGCCAUAUCCGAACUACAAUCUCUCAACACAGACAUGCCCCUAUACCUAGGCGAGUGCUGGCGAACGGGCGUCUACGCCGAAUACUUGGCCAACCAUCCGCCUCUGGGAAUGGCGGUGCUCGAUCACCACCUCUACCGCUGUUUCACUGCAGAAGAUAUCCGAACCAGCGUCGACGACCAUAUCCGCGCCAUGGACGACCCAAAUGGUAUAUCCCACGUCCUUUCCAGUGCAUCAGAAAAGGUGGGACGGGUUGGUGGGGGCCUUGUCGUGGGUGAAUGGUCAGGUGCACUCAACCCUGGCUCGCUAGCUGGAAUAUCCAAUGAAAACGAAAAGAAGAAAGCAUACGUCGCCGCUCAACUACGAAUGUUCGACAGGUCCUGCGGUGGCUGGUUCUUCUGGACGUACAAAAAAGAGAUGCUGCCCACACACAGUUUUGGGAUCAAUACACAGGAUCUUACGAUCACUCAUUAUUUGGCCGAGGCUUUAUUCUGGGCUGGAACGAUGCCUAUCAUUUUAUAUGCUUCACACCGGCUUCCUCGCAAACGGUCAGCGAAAUCGGUUUCUUUGGCGCCUGGGCAACGAGGCGAGCAAGAGAGUUAA